AACUUCAAAUAAGAGUCAGGAAACUCUUACUGCAAAGCCUCACUCACUCAGCAGCAGAGCUCCACUCCACUCAGUAACGCACAGCCCUCACCAUGAGUCGGAAGGUGGUACGCAGCAGUAAGUUUCGUCAUGUUUUUGGCCAACCUGUGAAGGCAGACCAGUGCUAUGAUGACAUUCGUGUCUCCCAGAACACAUGGGACUCUAACUUUUGUGCUGUAAACCCCAAAUUUUUGGCAAUUGUAGUCGAGGCCAGUGGUGGAGGUGCUUUCAUGGUGCUGCCACUGUCUAAGACAGGACGCCUGGACAAGUCCCAACCAGUAGUGUGCGGUCACACGGCUCCGGUACUGGACAUUGACUGGUGUCCUCAUAAUGAUAACGUGAUUGCCAGCGGCUCCGAAGAUUGCAGCGUGAUGGUCUGGGAGAUUCCAGAAGGGGGACUUACCCGCUCUCUGACAGAGCCCAUCGUCACACUAGAAGGUCACACAAAGCGAGUGGGCAUAGUCACCUGGCACCCAACUGCCCAGAACAUACUGCUGAGUGCAGGUUGCGAUAAUGUGAUCCUAAUUUGGGAUGUGGGAAUUGGCCAAUCAGUCAUCGUGCUGGAAGACACCCAUUCCGAUCUCAUAUACAGCGUGGCAUGGAACUGGGAUGGGAGUCAAAUCUGCACCUCCUGCAAGGACAAGAAGAUCCGGAUCAUCGAACCCAGGGCUGGAACCAUCGUAGCGGAGAAAGACAAACCACAUGAAGGCAGCCGCCCAGUCCGAGCCAUCUUUGUUUCAGAGGAUAAAAUAUUGACCACCGGAUUUAGCCGAAUGAGUGAGCGGCAAGUGGCCUUGUGGGACCUGAAAUCUCUAGAUGAACCACUCACCCUCCAGGAGCUGGACACCAGCAGCGGAGUCCUCAUCCCCUUCUUCGACCCGGAUACCAACAUCGUGUACCUUGGCGGGAAGGGAGACAGCAGCAUCAAGUACUUUGAAGUGACGGAUGAGUCUCCCUUUGUCCAUUUCCUGUCUCAGUAUAGCAGUAAGGAGUCCCAGCGGGGUAUGGGGUACAUGCCUAAACGAGGCCUGGAAGUCAACAAGUGUGAGAUCGCUAGGUUUUACAAAUUGCAUGAGAGGAAGUGUGAGCCAAUCAUUAUGACCGUUCCCCGCAAGUCGGACCUGUUCCAGGAGGAUCUGUACCCAGACACCGUGGGUCCUGACUCUGCCCUCACCGCCGAGGAGUGGCUGGGGGGUAAGAAUGCUGGCCCCGUGCUGAUCUCCCUGCGGGAUGGAUAUGCCCCAAGCAAGGCCCGAGAACUCAAAGUUACGAAGAACGUUCUGAGCGGCAGAAUUCCUAAACGCAGCCACUCCUCUAACGAUGGAAAGGCAGACUCGGAUUCGGUGUUGGAGAAGCUUCUGGAAGACAUAAAAAAGUUGAAGGCAACGGUUGCAGCACAGGAGCAACGCAUUUCUCAGCUGGAGAGUGCGGCCAAUUAGCGAGAACUUAAUCCUUUAUUUACCUUCACAAGACGUGUGACCGUGCCCUAUUCUGUUAGCUCUGUGUCUAGCUCUCCUUCUUCAAAUCCAUGUUGGAGGAAAUAAAUGUUGCAAAAACUGCGCCAUUGCACCUCUUCCACAUCUCUGUUUCAAGCCGUAAUCCUGACCUCCUGAACCUCGGACACCGGGAUAGAGAAUGGAUCGACGUACAGGGAGAAACGCUUUCAAUUCAUCUCUGGUAUCGUGCUUUCCUCAAUAAGACUCUUCGCAGGGCCCUGAAUGGAAUCCAUAACGGGUGCGAUGGAUUAGCAUGUUCCUCGGAUUAGACAAUUCUCUUUAUACAAGAAGAGUCCGGGUAUGUCCUAUGGCAUGAAGGGCCCUAAAUGUUACAAUCCCCAAAACGGAGUCAAUGCACUCUUAAACUGCAUCCUCUGCGUCUCCUGUAAGGACAGGGCGUGGGGUACGUGAAAAUAAAGUGAUACCAUACCGGCUUCUGCUACUCA